CACUGGCACACAGAAACGUUUGAGGAGCAACAUUUCAACUUUCAAAGAAAGUUGAAGAUGGUGAGCUACACCGACAAAGCUGACAGCUACGCUUAUGAUUAUAUGGACCCUCGCACAUUUCACCAUCACAUCACCCAGCAAGGCUGCUAUUUAGGCAGCAGUUCAUUCGCCUUCUUCGUGGUGACGUUGAUCAUUGCUGGCCUCGGCCUCCCUUUGACCCUCAUAGCCAUCUGCACACUUUAUUCUCUGGUACGAAAGGAUCACGUUGCUCCGGUUUACGUCACCAACCUUCUCAUUUCCGACCUCAUUCGGCUCUGCUGCUUGAUCGUUUUGGUGCAGAAAUUCCCUGACUGGAAAAUCUGCCUUGGAUUCUUUUAUAUUCAUCAUUACAUCAUGAUGGUCAGCGUUUGCUUCAUGGUGGUGGUUUCUCUUGAAAGGUAUUUGGUCAUCACCAGGCCACUGUGGUACAGACUCAGACGAAACAUCAAGACAUCAGUGAUAGUCUGCGUAGUGAUCUGGCUCCUUCCUCUUUUAUUUUUCCCCAUCUUUUUCUUUGCUUAUAACUACACUGAAACAGCUGUAGCUUCCUUCCUGCUCCUUCCAUUCCCGCUGUUCUGUUUCUUCCUGGCGGGGACAGUUAAAGCCCUGUCUGCUGCCAUCAGCAUCUCUGCAGAUGAAAAACGACGAGUUGUGGCAGUUCUGGUCCUGGUGUUGCUGAUUUACACUCUGCUGUUUCUGCCUCGUAUCAUUUAUUCCCUAGCAAAGAAAUACAGACAUGACCCAACUUUUGAACUUGUGACUAUAAUUCCAGUUUACUUCAGUCCUCUGGCAGAUCUGUUUCUGGCAGAUUUGUUUCUGAACGUUUUCAUGAGGAAAGGUGUCUGUGAUAGACUUUUAGCUGCUCUGUGUUGCUGCAAAAUGGACCAAGAUGAUGAGAGCAAAUCAAACGAGAACCCUGAAAACUUGGGAGCAGACAAUCCUGCACAGGAAGAGGAAGCAGAGGAGAAAGUGUAGUAUUGUGUAGAUAAACAAGCACGUUCUUUAUAAAUGUUCUUUAUAAACCCAGGCUCAUGCACAUAUGUUUAAUGAGUUUUAGGCUUUGCACUGUUUUGCUUUGUUUGUUAUGUUUCUUGUUUUCCAGGCUUGAGGUGUUUUUAACUCGUUUUCUGUUUCAUGUUGUAUCUACAUUUUACGUUACUUUGCUGUCUGUUGACCUUUUUGCUUCCGAUGUUGACUCUUGCCUGAAUUUUUACUUUCAAUAUUAUUUCAAUACUUUGAAAAAGUGUUUUAGAAAUGUACUUUAUUAA